AUGCUCAAGUGGCCUCGCAUCCAAUUCUACGAACUGGGUGACCAAUCCUGGCUCCCAGGCUGGCUGCACCAACACGAGCAGUUCACGCUCACGCAGCUCUGGCACCUGUCCAUCCCCGGAUGGAGCCACGGCAGCCUAGCCACCCAGGCCUGCACCGUCAUCCGUGAGUAUCUGCCGGAUGUGUCGUCGUUCUUGUUCGUCGACCUCUGCGCCGGCGCCGGCGGGCCCACCCCGUUGCUCGAACGGGAACUCAAUCGAACCCUCGAGCAGACCAACGGCAGCAACAGCAGCGCUCGGCCGGUCCGAUUCCUGCUCACCGACCUUUUCCCUCAUCUUGAGGCCUGGAAGGGCAUCACCAAGAAGCAGCAGAACAUCUCCUACAUUCCUUCCGCCGUGGACGCGCGGGAUGCCCCGCGUUACACCCCCAAGGAUCGCAAGGAGUGUCGCAUCUUCAACAUCUGUUUCCACCACUUCAAGGAUGAGGAUGCCCAAAAGAUCUUGCAGAAUGCGGUCGAGGAGGCGGAUGCGUUUGUGAUCUUCGAAAUCACCGCCCGGGACCUCUGGACGUGCCUGUGCUCCCCGCUGAUUUUCUUCUUCACGUACCUCGUGACGCUGCGCUCGUACUGGUGGUCGCCCGUGCAUCUGUUCUUUACGUAUGUGGUGCCGGUGACAGCGCUGGCGCUUUGGGUUGAUGGGCUCAUCUCGUGUCUGCGGACGCGGACGCCCGAGGAGAUCUCGGCGCUGUUGCAGCGGCAGGAGGUGGUGGAUGUGACCGGGUGGAAGUUUGCGAGUGGAAGCCGGACAGUGCAGUGGCCUUUUAUCACCUUGCAUUAUUACCAAGCCCAAAACAAGGGUGCUCAAGAAAACACCAGUAAGGAAGACACAGGGAAAAGAACAAAUAAACAGAAAAUAAAUCUGAGCGCCGGCCUCGGCGGCCUUACCACCGCCAUUGCCUGCACGAAGCAAAAUCUCGACGUCCUCGUCCUUGAGAAGUGCCCCCACCUGCAGACCGCCGGCGCCGGCAUCCAGAUCCCGCCCAACGGCACGAGCGUCAUGCGCGACCUGGGUCUGCUUCCCAAGCUUCUCCACGAAGGAGGAGCGAAAGUCCUUCAGCACGUGGAUUUCCGGCGCUACGCGUCGGGCGACCUCCUCCGGUCCAUGCCCUUCGGGGAGGGGAUCGUGCGGGAGUUCGGGGCGCCGUGGUUGAUCAUCCACCGAGCGGAUUACCAUCGCGUGCUGUAUGAGGAGGCCGUCCGGCUCGGGGUGGAAGUCAGGCUGGGGGUGGCGGUGGAGGGGGUGGAUUUUGAGGGUCCCGCUGUGCUGUUGGCGGGUGGGGAGCGGGUGCGCGGGGAUGUUGUUCUGGGGGCCGAUGGGCUCUGGUCGCAGGUUCGGGGGUGGGUGGUUGGUGGGGAUAGAGCGAUGCCUCAGGAGACCGGCGAUCUGGCGUAUAGGGCGGUGAUUCCGAGGUCGGAGCUUGAGGCUCUCCGGGAUGACAGGGUGGAGGAGCUGUGUCGGCGUGUGGCGGUCACGAGCUACCUCGGGCCCGGGAAGCAUACUAUCUUCUACCCGGUAAGGGGCGGGAGGGAAUUCAAUCUGGUCUUGCUGCGGCCGGAUGAUUUGCCGUCGGGAAAGAGGAGGGAGGAGGCUGGGGUGCAGGAGAUGCGUAAGAGUUAUGCUGGGUGGGAUCCUACGUAUGGUCGAGUGGCUCUCCUCGGCGACGCUUGUCAUCCCACCCUGCCUUAUCAAGCCCAAGGCGCGGCGAUGGCUGUUGAAGAUGGAGCCGUGAUUGGUAGACUUCUCGGGCUCUUGCAGAGCCAUCUAUCGCAAUCUAGAUCCGAGGGGAAAGAGAUGUCCACCGCAGACAGCAUUGCGUCGAUCCUGAAGCUUUACGAACAACUCCGAAAAGGACGUACAACACGCAAUGUGCGGGCUGCGCGCAUCAACCGGUUCCUACUCCAUUUCGCAGACGGGAUUGUCCAAAGGCUCCGCGACUUUUUUCUGGGGUAUAUGGGCGUCACCCGCGAGAGCGACUGGAGUUGGCUCUUCUCUUUCUCAAUGAGACAGACGCUGGGUCUGGAUGUGAUUCGGGACUGUGAAGCUGCGUUUGAGGAUUGGGUGCGCAAGGAUUGA